AUGGAUGUCGCUUUUCGCCGGCGCGGUGACCGCCGACUUCGGGACGGCGGAGACGGCGCUGAUCGCCUACAGGUGUCCCAGUGCGUACGGUGUGAAUGCAUCAUCAUCAGGAUCGGCGCUGACUUGUUGCUACGUCAGCCUUCAAACGACAACUCGAAGCGGCUGGAAGCGGAGUGGAAGGCGGUGCGGUCCUCGACCGGGGUUGCCAUGAGGUGGGAUGACGACCUCGCCGACGAGUCCUGCUCGGGCCUGGGCGCGUAUCCCGCCAUCAGACUCCUCCGCGGUGGCCACCCGCCGCUGGAUUACCUCGGCCCGCGUACGAGCGAUGAGAUCCUGCGCUUUAUCGAACGGGUCGAGCGCUCCCCGCAUGGCCCCGUCAACGUCCCCGCCGAGGACGCCGUGUCUUUCCAGGACGUAGACGACUUUGUCUGCAUCGGGCACUUCCCGCCGGGGACCGCACUGCGGCAGGCGUUCGAGGCCGUGGCGGACAAGUACCGCACCGAGUUCACCUUUGGCGUCGUCGUUGUCGACGUCGACAGCCCGGGCGUCGCCGUCGCCGCCGCCGCCAACGACGCAAAAGUGGUCUGCCACAAACGAGACGACCAGAGCGUCCACACGUGGACCUCUGGCGACGACGGGCUGGAGGCAUGGCUCGUCGAGGCCUCGCGGCCCGUCAUCGCGGAGCUCACGCCCGCGAACCACCAGCGCUUCCUCGACGUGAGCCGUUCCCCCUCUCCCCUCCCCGAAACGCGCGACUGA